UGAUGGUGGCCCUUUCAAACGUUUGCGCUUCGCUGAUACUCAUGGCUUUCUAGGGCCCUUACCAAUCACGUUGGUCACGUCUUCAGGGUCCUCAUAAAAUAUGUUUGUGUCAAGCAGUAUUCAUGCUAAUCACGCUGAUUUAAUUCAUGAUGUAGCCUAUGAUUUCUAUGGUCGACGCAUGGCAACUUGUAGUAGUGAUCAAAUGAUUAAAAUUUGGGAUUUAAAGGACAAUGAAGAAUGGGUAUGCACUGCUUCAUGGCGAUGUCAUUUAGGAUCAGCAUGGCGUGUUACUUGGGCACAUCCUGAAUUCGGUCAGGUUAUCGCUACCUGUUCAUUCGAUCGUACAAUAGCUGUAUGGGAGGAAAUCGCAGGCACUCAAACUAUAACAAGUGGUGGUGAAAAUGAUGGUGGUACCAAUCAAACUCCUUCAACUGUAACAAACAUUACAUAUGGAAGUCAGUCAGCAAACACUAAUUGGAUAAGACGUGCCUACCUUGUUGAUCCACGUACUUCUGUGACUGGUCUACAAUUCGCUCCAAGACAUCUAGGUCUUCAGUUGGCUGCUAUUUCUACAGAUGGCAUGUUGCGGAUUUAUGAAGCACUGGAUGUUAUGAAUUUAAGUCAGUGGCGUUUACAGUUUGAUUUCGGUACUAAAAUGGCUGGAUCAUGUUUAGCAUGGUCUCAGUCACGUCUUGAUCCACCUUUAAUUGCUGUUGGCAGCGUUAGUCCUAAUGAUCCAGAUACUGCGGAUAAUUCAGACGGUUUACCAGCACAUCAUUCUAUGUCUCAUUCAACAGCCCAUCCAACAAAUACUCUAGUGAACGGUAAACUUAUUCUUUAUGAAUAUUCUGAAGCUAGAAGGCAUUGGUAUCUUGUGGAAGAUGUGCAUGCACUGAAUGAUCCUAUUUACGAUGUAUCAUUCGCUCCACAUAUGGGUCAGUCAUAUCAUACAUUAGCUGUUGGAUCUAAAGAAUUGUAUAUAUUAAGAAUUAGACCGUUUAACUCCAAUCAAUCUUCUAAUUCACUGAUGAAAAAUGAUAAUUCUAGUUCCAAUAAUUUGUCAUUGUCAAGAUCGAAUCUACCUAUACGUAAUCCGUAUGAAAUUAGAAUGAUGGCACGUUUUGAUCAUCAUGAAGGACGAGUUUGGCAUGUUUCUUGGAAUGUAACUGGUUCUUUACUUGCAUCGUCUGGCGAUGAUGGCUGUGUACGACUUUGGCAAGCUAAUUAUCUUGGUGUAUGGCUUCCAGUUUCAGUUAUUAGUCCAGAUGGUAGUCGUUGUGCUACAAUACCUAAUGGACAAAAUAGUCUAUCAAAUUGUAUACUAAAAUCAUGUUCUUCAGGUCCACUGAAGCCAUCAUCUGUUUCAUCAUCAGCUUCACCUAUUCGUUUAUCGAAUUCCACAACUCAAAUCAAACAAAAUGAACAUGUUAUGGAUCAUACUGAACAAACGUCAAACGCUAAUCUACCUAAAGGGUCGCUUCAUGGAUGUACAGUUCCAUUUCAGAAAUUAGCUCCAAUUCCAAAUCCAAAUCAACCUGGUGUAUGGCAUUAAAUUAAUUAAAGCUUUAGAUGUGUUAAUUUCAUGUUUUACAUUGUAUAUUUCUUUUUUUAUCACUUCUGUUAAAUAGAAUAUCUAUUGUUGUAGUAAUUACAAGAAAUGAAUUUAUGAUAACAAGAAUAAGAAUAAAUUACAAUCAUAUUUUGUGUAUAAUACUUUUCUUAUCGUUGACAUUGUUUACGCGAUAUGACUGGAUAUAUAUAUAUGAAUAAAAGUUGAGUUCAUCUGUUGAUCAA